AUGACACCUCCCUCAACCGAUCAGAAGUCGUCGUCGCCCAAGAACGAGGAUGGGGUGGAGAAAUCGAAGGCGACCACUGGAUCGCAAUACACGAUCGCAGAAGCCGACCGCCAUCCAGAUCCUAUCUUGUGUCGGUUACUGUUGAAUGAUCAGUUCGGCAAACCAAUCAAGAAUCCCAAGCUAUUUUUUAGAGAUUGUAAAGUGGUCGGCUUCUUCUUCUCAGCUAUAUGGAAAUACGACCGAGAUUCGUUCCAACAGAAUGUCAUGGACCUGUGUCACCGAAACCCGCACCGAUUCAAAUGCAUCUACAUCAGCAUCGAUUCAAGCAAACAGGAUUUUGAUAAGUCGACCAAAGAGAAACCAUGGGUGAACAUGAUUUGGGAGGACGGCAGCAAUAUGGAAGAAGAGAAGCCGGCCAAGCUAGAUAAAAUGGAUUUCAUAACGCCGCUCGAGCAAGAACUAGUAAAGAAGAUCCUGGCAGGGAAGGUAGACCUGCUGCAAGACCCGCGCCCGCUGUCCCGGGUGGGGUUAUGUUCGGGGCUGGACGUACUCUUUGCGCCGACGCUGAUGGUCUACCAUCUGGAGUCGAAGACCUGGCUGGACUCGAACGUCUCGCAUGCGGCGAUUGGCUCGAGGGAGAAACGGGAAGUGGCCUUGGAGACAUGGGAGAAGGGGGAGCGGUUGACGCUGACAUUGAUGGAUGUCUUGGUCGGCUUGAGAUGGGCGAUCCUCAUCGGUACCCUAGGGAUCAUCUACGUCUUCCUAGUCCGGGCCGACGACGCUUAUAACAUCGUCCAUCUCGUCGAAUACUUCAUGGCCGGGGCCGCCGAAAACUCGGCUACCAACGCCCCCAGCACAAGUCCCGGCCCAUCGUCUCCGCCAAUGUCUCAUCAUCUCCCUCCCAAAAACUCACACGAAUACGUCGAAUUCUAA